GCGGGCAAGGGGUAUCUCGCGGGAAGUUGAACCGGAAGAGCAGGGUGUAGACGUGAAGGCGGGUGUGCGCCUGACCUCCCGGACCGCUUAGGUGCUGCUGGGCGGCGGGGACGUCUUGUUGGGCAUCUCCCGGCGGGAUAAUGUUGACUCGGCUGAAAGCAAAAUCAGAGAGGAACCUGGCAAAACAGAUUUGCAAAGUUGUAUUGGAUCAUUUUGAAAAACAGUAUUCCAAAGAACUUGGAGAUGCCUGGAAUACAGUAAGGGAUGUACUCAUAUCUCCAGCAUGCUGGCAAUAUGCUGUCCUUCUUAACCGAUUCAACUAUUCCUUUGAACUCGAAAAAAAUUUACAUUUAAAGGGCUAUCACACCCUCUCUCAGGGGUCUUUGCCCUACCACCCUAAAUCAAUGCAGUGCUACCUCAGCAGGACUCCAGACAGAAUGCCUUCAGAAAGACACCAAAUCGGAAAUCUAAAGAAAUACUACCUCCUGAACGCUGCCUCUCUUCUCCCGGUGUUGGCUCUGGAAUUAAGGGAUGGGGAGAAGGUCCUGGAUCUGUGUGCUGCUCCUGGAGGCAAAUCGGUGGCUCUGCUACAGUGUGCUGAUCCAGGUUAUCUUCACUGUAACGAAUACGAUGGCCUGAGAUUCAGGUGGCUGAAGCAGACGUUAGAAUCUUUCAUCCCACAGCCGUUGGUAGAUGUAAUUAAAGUGUCUGAAUUGGACGGCAGAGACCUGGGAGAUGCGCAGCCAGGAACGUUUGACAAGGUGUUAGUUGAUGCUCCAUGCUCCAAUGAUCGGAGUUGGUUGUUCUCUUCAGAUUCUCAGAAGGCAGCCUGUAGGAUAAGCCAAAGGAGGAAUUUGCCUGUUCUGCAGAUAGAACUCCUAAGGUCUGCAAUCAAGGCCUUACGCCCUGGAGGGUUACUUGUGUACUCUACAUGCACACUUUCCAAGGCAGAAAAUCAAGAUGUCAUCAGUGAAAUUUUAAACUCCUACAGUAACAUCAUACCUGUGGACAUUAAGGAAAUGGCAAGGACUUGCUCCCGAGACUUCACGUUUGCUCCCACUGGCCAGGAAUGUGGACUCCUGGUGAUUCCAGAUAAGGGGAAAGCCUGGGGCCCAAUGUAUAUAGCCAAAUUGAAGAAAUCAUAGACUGUAAAAUUGGUCAUAAAUAUUUCGUAAGCCAUGUCAGUGCAUUAUUAUAUUUAUUUUUCUAGGCUAUGUGUUAACGUUUAAAUAAUUAUGAAGUUAUUUUCCCUGGGACUGUUUGGAAUCUUAUUUAUUUAAUACUUGGCAUCUCAUAACCUAGGCUUAAGAAUUUUCCAGGUGUAUUUUUUUCCUAAAAAUGUAUCUGUGGCACUGGUUUCAGGUGUUGCAGAUGGUGUUUGUUCUGUAUAAUAAAUCUGCUGUCUUUUGGUUGGCAUUUUGCAGUUAAAUUAAUCAGAUUAUAUGGUUUUAUGCAUAAUGUUUAGGAAUACAUUCAAUUUAUGAUGUUGGUGCUUUGAACCUUUAAAAAUGCACAUUUGGCUGUUCCUUUUAUAAUUUAUCUCAUCAAAUAUACAGAUUUCUUUCAGACCUCACCCCCGCCCCCGCAACCUUUUUCCUUAAGAACCGAUCAGUAUUCUUAGACUAACUUCUUAAGCGGCACUAUUUCUAGUUCUAGAAAAUAGGUGUCCUACUUGCCAUGUUGUUUUCCACUAAGGAUUAUCUUCUGUUUACUGCAAAGGUCAGUGACUCUAUUGACACCAGCUUUAUUUCUCCUUUUUUUGUAUUCACAAAUACAAAUUGAAAGGGUAAAUUAUGUUGAAAGGCUGUUAGAACAGCAGAUUCACAUGCACAAGUUUGACUUUCGACAUUCAACUUGUAGAAUAAUGGAGUCUUUCCAGCAGGCUAUAAAGCAAGUACUUGUAACAAAACCAGAAUGAUUAAUAACUGCAAUAACUGAACUAUAUUUGGAGAGUUUUGUUACAUAAUUGCAGUCAUAAUGAGCACUACAGAAUCUGAUUAUCUUACAGUCGCAAUCUGGAGGGGCUUUUUAUUUCACUCUGUUAUGAAAUGUUAUAUGAGAGUAUGAUGUCACGUAUUAAUGCACAAGGGGGAGAUGCCUAAUGACAGGGAUUACACUGUUACCAAAACCCAAUACCAUUUGCUAAGUGCCUCUCCCUGUUUACCUAUGUCUUGGGAAUAUUGUGUACAUUUCUGUAUAUGUACUUAGGGUUUUAGCUUCAGGUUUGGAUCAUGUGUUUUCUCUGGAAAUUGCUUCACUUAGAGCCAAAUAUACUUUUCCAACUAUUAAGAAAAAUUAUGCAGUAUACUUCAAAAGGUAAUUAUCUAUUUGAAAAUUAACUUAAAAAAGAAUGAACUGACCGUAGAAAUAGAAAAUUCUGCUGAAGCUGAAUCCUUUUGAAUUUGUUUACUAUAUUUUGCGUAUUUAAACCAGAGACUAUUUUUUCCUGAACUCUUUUUUUUUUUUUUAAUUUGUGAUAGAGAGAGAGAGAGAGGCAGAGACACAGGCAGAGGGAGAAGCAGGCUCCAUGCACCGGGAGCCCGACAUGGGAUUCGAUCCUGGGUCUCCAGGAUCGCGCCCUGGGCCAAAGGCAGGCGCUAAACCGCUGCGCCACCCAGGGAUCCCUUUUUUUUUUUUUUUUUUAAUUUGCAAGCAUACAUAAGCAGUUUCUUAUAGCUGGGGAAGAAAAGGCUAGAUCUCUUGGACUCAGUGAAAUAAUCUGGAUGCAUACAAAAAAUAUAAAAGACAAUGGAAAUUAUAUUUAUUUACUUACUAAGUUUGUACUUGUUAGUUUUUUUUCAGUUUAAAACUUUGUCUUCAGAUACUGUAGGUUUAAAAGUGUAUUUAUUCUGUGUAGGUUAAUCACAAAGUAAAUUUUCCCAGUGCACUUUGCUGAAUGUCAUUAUUUUUCCCCCAUGCUGCCAUGAAGCCUAAUCUGAAUACUCAGUAUUGGAUUUGACGUUCCUAUGAUUACUGAAAAAUGCAAAUAUAGAUGCAUAUAUAACUUACUUUAUUAUUAAUAUUAAUUAUAAUGAAACAGUUGGCAUUUAUGGAGCCUUAAAUAUUUGAUUAAGUUCUUUAUAUAUAUAUGUUAUCUUUUUUGAUCUUUAAAACAGCUUAAGGAGUAUUAUACCUGCCUUUUGUGAAUGAGAAUAGCCUAGCUCGGUGCAGUUUGUAGCUUUGCCAGGCGACACUGGUAAGUAAAGAGUAGAGCCAAGACUAAAACUAGCUGCAGUGGCCAGGCCCCACUCCCCAUACUAUGCUGCCUCAGAAGAAGCAGAUUAUAGGAACCCCCAAGGUUACCAACUGGCCCUCCCUUAUCCUAGGUUAUCUUUGCACUUGUAGGCAGUUCUUUAGUCACAGAGGAUCAAAGGGUUAAACCAAUCCUUGAGGGGUAAAAAAAACUGCAGUAUUUCAGAAUGUGUUCUAGACUACUUCUUGGGGUUGCAGUACCCAGAAAUCUCCCAUGGAGGUGCUCUGUGCCUUCCCUUUCUUCGCAGGUGCUGAACUGAAGAAUUGAAAUUUGGAGCAGCCUUGCAAUGUCAUUUGAAAAGCAAGGGGUAAUUGAUAUUACUUUCUGUGGCAUUGAGUUACUUUCAAAAUAGCUUUGUAAGAAUUUAGGUUGCUUACCAACACAUUAACUUCUCUCUGCCUUCAGCACACUGAAUAGCCACGAGUUUCAGAAAUACAGUAUGAAUAAAUAUAAUGCAUUUAAAUGGUUUAUACUGAAUUUUUAAAGCAUUUGAUAUUAUCUGUGGUUUGAAAUCAAGGCAGCCUACCGUCCUUUAUCCUAUUAUAUGUAUCCAUAUAGCCUCAUAUUCAAGAUUGCAUGUUACUCCCUUAGCAAUAUUGUGAAAAAUAUCCUUGUAUACAAUGUGAGUAGGCGUAACAUAAUAGGUAACCAGAACACUUCCUACAUGACUAAAUAAAGUAAUCCCCAAUCUAAUAGACCAUCAUCCAAGAAGGCUUUAUACCUGGAAGAUAAGCAUCAGAUGAUCUGCAUAGGCUAAUGCAACUCCUGUGGAAUACAAAGAGAAUCGGAACCGAUAGCAACAGUUUUAUUAGAUGCAGAGAAGUCCUUUGAUGCAAUUGAAUGGGACGACUUGUAUUAUGUGUUAGGUAAAUUUGACUUUGGGGACAAAUAUAGCAGCACAACCCAUUUGUGUGGUUCAAAUCAAUGGUUUACAAUCUCCCUUUCCUUGCCUUAUUGCUGCAUUGGGGGGUGAGUAAAGAUGGUACCCAUUACUGAUGUUACCUUCCAGGCUGACAUUGGAGUUACAAUAUCACCCAGAUCCCAUGAGUAUCUGAAGGAUAUUCAGAUGAAGGUUCACAAAUUAACUAAUGUCUGCUGAUAACGUACUACUGUGUGCUGAAAGCCCUAACAGCAUCUGUCCUGAAAACAUUAAAAGCAAUGUCAGUAUUUGGAAUGGCUUCAGGCUGCAAAGUCAAUGGGAAAAAAUCAGAAAUACUAUCUUAACAGAAGAGUGUUAAUAUUACUUGUUGUGUGACAUUUAAAAUAAAAAUUUAACAAGAAUUGA